UCUGCGCGAAAUACAAAGCAGCAGGAAGAGGGGUACCACUCAGCACUCGGUUAAAUUUAAGUUUGUGGGAAGACCUCCCCGGUACCCUGACCUGUUUGGGGUUUAAUUCGUCUUCUUCUCCGUGAUGGAGUACGGAAAAGAAAGGGUGGUGGCGUUAGUGGACAUGGACUGUUUCUACGUCCAGGUGGAGCAGAGGAUCAACCCAGAUUUGAGAAAUACCCCUUGUGUGGUGGCCCAGUACAAGACGUGGAAAGGAGGCAGUAUCAUAGCUGUGAGCUACGAAGCUCGGGCCCAUGGUGUCACAAGGAACAUGUGGGUGGACGAUGCAAAAAAACUGUGCACAGAUCUCCAGGUGGCACGAGUGCGUGAGUCUCAUGGCAAGGCAGACCUGACACAUUACAGAGAAGCUAGUGUGGAAGUGAUUGAGGUGAUGUCCCGCUUUGCUGUGAUUGAGAGAGCCAGCAUAGAUGAGGCCUACAUGGAUCUGACUGCUGCUGUACAGCAGAGGCUGAAAACGAUGACCGACAAACACAUUGAUCCACAGCUGCUGAAGACAACCUACAUUCAGGGGUUCCCACAAAACCAGGAAGCAUCUGCAGAGGAAGCUGCCUUAGAUAAAGAGGAGCAGAGGUCCAGAGGUCUCCUCCAGUGGCUGGAAUCCUCGUCUGUUGCCCUACUUGGAGGGCAGACUUCAGCAGAACUGCAGCUAACUGUGGGUGCACUCAUUGUGGAGGAAAUGAGGGCAGCAGUGGAGAAAGUCACAGGUUUCCGUUGUUCAGCAGGGAUAUCACACAACAAGGUUUUGGCCAAACUAGCCUGUGGUCUAAACAAGCCUAACAGACAAACUGUGCUGCCUUUGGACUCAGUGACAGAACUUUUCAACUCUCUACCCAUCAGCAAGAUCCGCAACCUGGGGGGUAAACUGGGAGCCUCCAUUACAGAAACUCUUGGAGUAGAAAACAUGGGAGAUCUUACUGGCUUCACUAAGGCACACCUAGAACAACACUUUGGAGAAAAGACAGGUCAGUGGCUGUACGAUUUAUGCCGGGGAAUUGAGUUUGAAGCAGUGAAACCCAGACAGCUUCCCAAGUCCAUUGGCUGCAGUAAAAACUUCCCUGGGAAGACCUCGCUGGCUACAAAAGAGCAGGUUCAGUACUGGCUUCAUCAACUGGCCUUAGAGCUGGAGGAGAGACUGACCAAGGACAAAGAUGCGAAUGGUCGAGUGGCUAAGUUACUGACAGUCGGUGUGCGUCAGCUCGGAGAUAAGAAGCAGAGCAGUUUCUCUCGCUGUUGUGCUUUAGUGCGCUAUGAAGCCACCAAAAUAUCAACUGACAGCUUUGCCAUUAUCAAGAGUCUCAACGCAGCAGGGAACCACCAGGCAGCAUGGUCUCCACCCCUCACGAUGCUCCAUCUCUCAGCGAGCAAAUUUAAUGAUGCCCCGUCAGCAGGGGGCAUUGCAGGCUUUCUCUCCAGCAAUGUCCCAUCAACCCAGCUCUCCACACAGCAACCAUCUCAAGUGAAAAAUGACUUGGCAUGCAAACAACCCAGCGCCAUCCAGUCCUUCUUCCAAAAAGCAGCAAAGAAACAAAGUCAGAGGGUUAAAAAAGAUGUGGAGGAGGAGGAUGAAGAUGAAGAUUUCACAAUUAUCCAAUCAACGUCACUUAAAACCUCCGCUACUGAUACUCAGUUGGAGACAGACACCAAAAGGCACGUUUCUCAAUUGUCUUUCUCUCACUCAAAAAAUGGGCUGCCAAGCCCCAAUUCUGGCAUUUCCUCUUUCUUCCAGAAGAAAAGUCUUGAAAGAAGCUCGCAGACCUCUUCUCCAUGUAGUAAGGUGGAAGCAGGACAGGCUUCUGAGCUGGAUGUUGAGGAAGACGUUGAAGAUGCUGAUCCUGUUGUUUCAGGCUUACAGGAGCAGCACACCUCAGAGAUUACACCUCACAAGUUGCUGUGUGAAACAGUUGACAACGACACUGAUCCAGAGAUAAAUAACCCUCCUCCAAAUGUGGCCACAGAAGACCUGAUAACUUGUGAGCGCUGCGGUAAAGAGGUGCUGGUCUGGGACAUGCCUGAACACAAUGACUAUCACUUUGCUCUAGACCUCCAGAAUUCACUCUCCUCAUCCACCAGUGCAGCCAGCAUCUCUUCUCCUGUUUCUGCUUCUUCUAAUGUCUCUCCAGCUCCUCUUAGAGUUGGAGCAGCAGGCACAGCCCAGUCCUCCAGAGGAAAGACAAAAGGCAGAGGCCAGUCGGGACCACAACCAAAGAGGCAGAAAUCAGGAGGAAGUACAGGCACACUGGAUGCCUUUUUCAAGAGGAACUGAAUUUUUGCUGCAUUUUUAUUAGGAAAAAUAAACAUUUGUAAUAAUGCAUAUUUAUCAUUAAUAUGUUGAUCUAAUGUAUUUAUUUGAUUUUGUGCAUUUGCCUAGAAAAUGUGAAGCCAUAUUGAGAAGGAUAUAAAACACAGAACUUGUUUGAAUGUAUAAUAGUUAGGGUCACAGAUGUUUAUGUACAUACAUAAAGUAUGGACCAAAUAUUGGGAUUAAAUGAAUGUUAAUUUGAAAUUUUUAAUUUUUAAAUUAAAAUAUGUUUUUUAAAUUUCAAAUUAGCAAAUAAUUUGACCCACUAUUGCCUCUUUAAGAAAGGAAUUACUUGAAGGAGCAUUUUACAUCAGUAUUAGUAACAAAAUUUUAAACUUCAAUGAGUUCAGUAAAAAUGUAUUGAAGGCUAGAAGCACUAAGCAGCAUGCAUUCAACUUUUUUUACUCUUGCUUCUUUAGUAAGGAGUUAAUUUCUCAAGAUCUUGAAAUAACUAAAUUAGACUUUCAAACAAGCGUUUGUAUCCUGAGACAAGUCAGUGAAAAAUGUGCUUGUUUUUACAGGAAAACUGAAAUUAAAAUGUAGGAGGUGUGGCUAUUAAGUUAUGAGACGGCUUAUGAGAAUAAAACCAGGUGAUUCACGGUCAGUGUUAUAUAUUGAAGGUUUCGUUUUCAUACACAACACCUGCAAGCUUAUAACAAGUGAUGUCUUUAGUUCACUGCUAGCUACUGGUUGAAGUGCACAUGUUUUUGCUAAGGCAUCUGAGACUCCUGGUCAAAAGGAAAAUGCAAGCUAACUUGUGUAGACAUUUUGGAACAAAUUAAAGGAAACCCACAUUUUUUAGGAGUGAUUAUGUGCGAUGAAAAUUUGAUCUGCAAAGAUGAUCCUGAGACAAGACGGCAGUCAAUGCAUUGUUAAACACCAUCACUGAGGAUGAGAAAAGCACGACAAAGCAAGUCUAAAUUCAAGGCCUUGUUGAUUUUCUUUGACAUCAAGGGUAUUAUUCAGGAGGAGUGGGUUCCAGAAGGGUCAACGGUGAAUCAACACUAUUACAAACAGGUUCUGGGAAAACCGCGAGAAAAGUCCAAAGAAAGAGGCCACGACUGUGGAAAAUGGUUUUUUUUCUUAUCAAGACGAUGCAUCAGCAGUUUCUGAAAAAUAAAAUCGCAGUGCUUGAUUGCCCUGCCUGUCAA